UUGCGAACUUGUGCAGUCUUCAAGUAUUCAAGUAAUCAGCAUGAAGUGGUUCUCGUUGUGCAUUUUGCUUUUGGCAUUUCUGGUUCUGAUUGCAGCGGCGCCCGCCGGUCAGAUACGCGUACGCACCUCCUCGACCAGACACGUGCGUGUGCGCAACGGCAACAUCAAGUGGAACGGCGAUUGCCACAAUUGCGAUAUACGCACCACCAAAGACACGGCACAGGUGACCAGCACCAGAAAUCGGCAAUGGACUAAGAAAUUCUAAAAGAAAAACCAUGUUUAAGUAGUUAUAAAUAUGUAGCUAUAAUAUUUAUAUUAAAAAGUUAAUUAAAAAGUAAGCUUGUCAUAUAAAGAAUAUUCAAAUAAGUCUAGGAAUACCUGUAGCAAGCCGAACAUUUAAUACCCUUGCAUACUCUAGCCUUUUGCAGUUAUGCGAGACAAGUGCAGCUCGUAAAUGUUGAGUUUGUUGAAAAUAUCUUUGAAAAUAGAAUACUUUGCCAUAUGA